UCCUGCAAACCAGCCAUUUCCGGGAAUAGAAACUGAAACCGAUGCUCACUGGAGUCCCCUCCCCGCUGGACCGUGGCAAGCAGGAUUCAGAACUAGAAAUUGCAGGGCAAAAGCAAACUGCAUAGAGACCAGAGGCAGAAAGGAAAUCCACGCGACCAGACCCCUUCCUGAUUCCGCUCAGAAGGACUCCAGACCUUCGCAUUGCAUCUCUGAACAUCCCGGGUCUGGAUUCCAGUUCUAGUUCUUUCCACAGAGAACUUGUGCUGGAGGAGAGCAACAUUUUUAAAGGAACAGGUGACAUUCCUGGAAGGCCACUAACCUCGGGUCACAUAGAACCUCUCCUCCAGAGCAGGGUUUGAGGAGUGUUAAGUGAGAUAAGGCAUUCAAAGGAGCCAACUCAGAUUCACAGACACAGGACCUUCUUAAAGUGUAAGAGUGGAGGAAGACCCCGAGGAUCAGCUUCCUCAGAGACCCUAAUAAAACCAGAGAACCUCACCAAGGGAGCCGAGAGGUGCGCGGGAAGCAGCACGCGGACCCUGUCAUGAAACCAUCACACAAGUCCUAUGAGGAAUCAGCCAACAAGAAAAAUCUACUUUCACAAAUCAACUUGAGUGCCUCUGCUACCAGCAGUUACACACAGAAAUGUACAAAUGUUGAUCCGCUACUCCCCAAGAUGGCCGAGAAGCGUUAUCCUCCACUAAACUCAUCCUUCCCCUUUGUCACGUCAUAUCAAACAGACAACAGCAUUUUACCUAAGGCGAGCAAGAACAUUGAAAAGGCCUUGAAAGGAGGGAAGCUGCUGGAACUGGCAUAUGAGUUCAAGGAGACUGUGGCAACGUUGUCCCAAACGCCAGUGAACAUCUCUGUGACUGGGGACUCGGGCAAUGGCAUCUCAUCUUUCAUCAAUGCACUCCGACUCAUUGGCCAUGAGGAAGGUGACUCAGCUCCCACUGGGGUGGUGAGGACCACCCAGACUCGGGCUGAAUACUCUUCAUCCCAUUUCCCCAAGGUGGUACUGUGGGACCUGCCUGGCUUGGGAGCCACAGCCCAAACCGUAGAGAACUAUGUGAAAGAGAUGAAAUUCAGAGUCUGUGACUUAUUCAUCAUUGUCGCCUCUGAGCAGUUCAGUUCAAAUCAUGUGAAGCUGGCCAAAGUCAUCCAGGGGAUGGGAAAGAGGUUCUAUAUUGUCUGGACCAAGCUGGACAGGGACCUCAGCACAAGCGUCCUGUCGGAGCUAUUGCUCCUGCAGAACAUCAGGGAGAAUGUCGGGGAGAAUCUCCAGAAGGCGGGGGUGAACGAGCCCCCCAUAUUCCUGGUAUCCAAUCUAGACCCUUUGCUACAUGACUUCCCAAAGCUUAGGGAAACACUUUAUAAAGACCUCUCCAACAUCAGGUGCGGUGAGGCCCUAACGAUCCUUUAUGGCACCUGUGAGAAGAUCGUUGAUGAUAAAAUGGCCUCCUGGAAGGAGAGAAUAGCCAACGGGAACCUGAAGGAUUCUCUUGGUGUCAGAAACGACGAUGACAUGGGGGAGUGUCUGAAAGCCUACCGACUGGUACUGGGUGUAGAUGAUGACGCCCUCCAGCAGGUAGCCCAGAGUAUGGGGACGGUAGUCAUAGCGUACAAGGCCAACAUGAAGUCCCAGAACUUGGACACUCUCCGCAGAGAGGACUGGAAACUGAGGCUGAUGACGUAUGCAGUCACAGACUGCUUGCUUACGUUUCUCCCAUGCUUGCGUGGCUGUUUCAGGCGCAUGAGGCAUGAACGCAUGCUUCUAUUAGUUGUCCAAGACACCAAGGCCAUCCUGAAGAAAAUCCUGGAAGAUGCUAUCAUCCCUCCUCAAAUCUAGCGUAGAGGGCGGCCUGGCACUCCUCUUCUCACGUGGAAGCCAGACUGCCUUGGGAUCCUCUUAGAUCUCUACGUCCCCACUAGAAAUCGAGAGCUAGAACAACACUUCCUGUAAGGGUUUUAGAUUGAGAAGAGUCAAAAUCACUCAUUUCUCUCAUCUCGAAUCUACUGCAUUGUUCUGCUGAGGGUGAGGGACAAGUAGCUGUUAAAAAUCAUUGACCGUGAUUCUUAGAUUUGGAAUAUAGAAAAUUUGCUUUCAGUUAAGUGUGAUGUGUGUCUAAAUCAAUUUUCCUCUAAAACAAUAAAGUCAGGGCCUCUUCAUUAA